ACAGAACGACCAUUAACGCAGCGCAUAUUGUCCCAUAUACGUCGUGCAAAAGAAAACGAAUAUCGUGGUUCAAAUUCGCCUCUCUACAAGUCAAUAUGUCCAUUAAUUUACGCGAUUCGCGUGUUUGGAUUAGCGCCUUAUGAAUUUGAGGACAAUAAACUCGUCCCAUCAAAUUCUUACUUGAGUUUUACAUUUUUUUGGUUCUGUGUCUACACCUACGUAAUUUGGCGUUACCUAGUAGGCGUUUUGGAUCCCAGCACUGAUAUGAAGACAACUCUUUAUCAUACGGAAUUCGCUAAAACUACGGGCAAUUACUUCGUAGUAAUAACUGACUUUAUAAUCUGCAUAAGUACACGAAAAGAAAUAAGUUGGAUUUGGAAUAAAAUCGAAGACUUCGACCAAGCAAUGCGAGAUCUAGGAUACGCGAGAAAGGAAAAAGAAACUCGUGUAGUGGUUUGGUUUAUAAUCGGAUUCAACAUCGUAAUUUGGGGAAUAAUAAACAAUCUAGGAAUGGCUGCAUUUCACGAGACUUUUUUACAUAACGUGUCAUAUUUAACAGUGUACGUUGGAGCUGCUGUUACAGUCACUAAAUUUUCGGGACUUGUAUUGAUACUGGGCCAGCGAUUCAAACAGUUGAAUGAAAUCGCUAAGAGUCAUGUUUCCAAAUCGCGAUGGAUACACGUUGAUCCCAUAAUCGAUGACGAACUCGUGGAUUGUCUUCACAGCGAGCUUACUGCUGUUGGAAUAAAGCUCAACAACGUCUACAGAUGGUCGUUGAUACUUUGGUUGGGGAAUUUGAGCUUUCACAGUGUUUCUUCUUCUUAUUUCGUUUUUGAUUGGGUCAUGGAUGGGAAAUUUCAUAUAGAUUUUAUUAAUUGUCUUCUUGGUUGGUUCGUAGCUGUGUUUUCUCAACUUUUUUUACUAAAUUACUCUUGCCACUACGCGUCUAGCGAGGCAAACUGCAUGAGCUACAUAAUGCUAGGAUGGAAACGUUGGCUCUACACCCACGAUAGCAAGAUGGAAGUGGAAACUUCUCUUCAUCUGGUGAAUCGUCAACUACAUUUCUCUGCAGAUGGAUUCUUUUAUGUUAAUCUACCUCUGUUUCAUUCGAUAACGGCUGUGUUAGCGACCUACUUAUUUAUUCUUCUUCAAUUUGAUUAA